GCUCGUGGAAAGACGUACUUCACCCUCGGUUGUGUUUCUGGCGCACCGACCUCGUGAAUGCGAACGCUUACCGCCUGGAGGUACCCUGGCGCACGAACGAUUAUAUUGGUGAUUCAGUUUCUUUCUUCUGUAGACACGGAUUAGUUUCACAGAUAUUUACAGUUAUUGAAUGCUGAUCGGGAAAUAAUUGUCUGACUCUGAAAACUACUGAAGAUAAACUCCUAAAACCGAAGCUCUCCGCCAUGGCACUCCAAUGCCGACAUCUGUUAGUGGCACUGGCCCUGCUCGCCCCGGCCCCUGCCUACGCCAAGUUUUACAUCGGCCGUUACAAAACAGUGCCUGUGCCUGUUGCAAGCAGCCGGGCAGAGAACAGUGCCGCAGAAGGAAGAAAAAUGCCGUACAUCGUGUACCACGAGAACGCCGCUCUGCACGCCGCCGACCUCGAGCACAACCGCCGGCGCAUCGAGCGGCCUCCGAUGGCGCCCUACACCAUCCGCCGGACGGGAGACAUCGGCCCCGGGACGCUCUUCGGCACCGUCGGCAACUACGGCAACCCGGAGAGCGGCUACACCGUCGUGAACAAGAAUGAGGUGAACUAUGUCGUGCCGCCCUUCACGCCCGGCGGCCGCGUCAACGUCGCCUUCCAGUUCUGGAUCCCCAUCAGUAUCGGCGGCUUCUUUGUGACGGGGCGAGACCUGGAGGAGGCCUUGCGCUCAAACAACCCGACGGCGUACAUAUCCUCCCUCUUCCUGAAACACCUAUCUGAGAAUUCAACCAUCGGUGAACUUCUGGGCGACGUAGGAAGCCCCGUGGUGGAGCAAGGCGUCCAGAAGUUCUUGGACUGGGUCAUGCCGUACCUCGGAUACUUCACGGGAAGUGACGUCAACGAGGUCAAUACGUACUCGCUCCCCAAGUCCCGAAGCAAGAGGGACGCCACAGACGACGACGGCUGGACCACUAUCGGAGGGUCUGUGAGCGGGGGGGAGCAGGUGAGGCCCACAGCAACGCUGAUAACGUCGUCGUCGAGACCCACGAAUAACGACCGGCUCUUGUGGGGCAACGACCAUGUUCUUUCGCAUAAUAAUAUUCACGACAGCGCUACAAAGAGGCCAGGUCUUGAUCUCAUCAAACCCAUUGACGUCCCUGAAGAGCGUCCUCGGCCCUCGUUCUCCUCAAGGCCCACCUUUUUUCCUCGUCCCUCAACAUCUUCAUAUCCAUCAUCAUCAUAUCCUUCUUCAUCAUCAUCAUCAUAUCCUUCUUCAUCAUCAUCAUCAUAUCCUUCUUCUUCAUCAUCAUAUCCUUCUUCUUCAUCUUCAUCAUCAUCAUAUCCUUCAUCAUCUUCAUCAUCUAGCAAUCCUUCUUCCUCUUCGCAAGACAUCACACCUCCCUUUCACCUGACAUCCUUCGAUGAAGUUCCAUCUGGAGCGACAGAUGUCAAACGUCUGGACGUGUCAAUGCGUCUCUCCCGCCUUGACUACUUUUUCAACAACCUUCACCUGGACCGCGAGGACUGUCGGCGCCGAGUCUUGUGUGAGGUGUCCCGCGACCCAGAAACCUUCGCUCCACUGUCGGACCUGAUCGGUAGUGAAACUAGGAUCUCAGGCAACAUCUGGGAGCUGAGCCAACAGUUGCGACAUACAGCUGAGGGCGGGAGGCUCCUGUCCUACAUUGAGGCCGUGCGAGAAGGAAGGGACAGGUCAGAGCAGUGUGAUGGUUACCGAUACCAAUGCGAUUUGAAGGCUCGUGAAGUGAUAAAUACAGACAUACUCCCAAUAUGGCGCGAAGUAGUCCGUUGGCUCACAGUGAAGGUCCUUACCCAAGAAUUAUAAAUAUCCAUAUUCAUGAAUACUAAUUCAUGAAUAAUUAUGAUUUCUCGAAGUGAAUAUUUGACCUUUAACAUUCCAAAACAUUAGCAUGUCUUCAUGACUUCCCUUUAGUGCCUCUCCUGUGUAUAUGUAAUUUUAUAUAUGACCAUGCCAUUCCUCUUAGUAUCUGAAGGUAAAAAACUGAAUGUGGAAGAUUUUAUUCUGAAUGCCGUCUUAAAUAUUUAUAUGAGUGAUAAAAAAAAAUGUUUUUCUCCAUGCGACUGCAGUUAUGAUUCUGUAUUUGGUAAUUUUUUUAGUCUGUGUGCAUGACUUUUUCAGUGUGUGUGUCUUUGGGGUACUUUUGAAAUUAGCCAAUAGUUCUUAAACCAUGUUUGUACUUUAUAAACAUGAAUGAAAGUACAUUAUAUUCAUGGAAUAUGCCAUAUUUGAUUGUACAUUUUGUUAUUGUUGUGUUAUUGUUAUAUUGACAUAGUUAUUACAGUUGCAUUUGUUAUAUUUCUUCAGAAAGGAGAUAUCACUGCAUUGCAGAAAAUGUUUUCUUUUGUAAAUGCUUUGUACUGAAUAUAUAGGCAUUAACUUUUUACUUAGUGUGUAGAUGAAUCAGCACUAGUCACUUAUUUUAGACCAAUUUCUCAAUAUAUCACCUUUUGCCUUUUGUAAGGAAGCUUGUUUUAAUUUAAGUUGUAUGCAUAUAUAAAUAAGCACAAUUAUUUUUAUAUUAUGUGUGCACACAUGCACAUACACAUGUGCGCAUGCGUGCGCGCCCACACACACACAGACACACACAGACACACACAGACA